CUGAAGUCAUAUACUUAAGAGCAAUGACCACCAUCUCCUUUCCCACUGUCUCCAUUUGUGCCUUGUAUCCUCCAGACAUGGCCUUCAUACAGCAGCCAGCCCAGGUGGUGAUGGUUUCCACUUCUCAAGGCCAUUCAGCUUGGAGUACCGGCCUGUGCGAUUGCUGCAAUGAUAUGGGCACCUGUUGCUUUGGUUGUUGGUGCUUCCCCUGCAUGCAGUGUCAGACAGCCAAUGACUUUGGAUGGUGCUGCUGUAAGCCAUUCCUGGACUUCUGCUGCUGUGGCGUGGUGUCCUGUAAGCUCCGCUCCGCCAUGAGAGAGCGCUACAACAUCCCUGGCUCAUUCUGUGACGACUGCUGUAAACUGAUGUGGUGUUACUCAUGUGUCUGGUGCCAGAUGAAUCGUGAGCUGAAGGUCAGGAGGAACCAGGGCACAGCCAUGAUCCCGAUGGUCACUUCACAGGUCAUUCGUACUUAGGACGCAGCUAUUUGGGCUGUGGGUUAAAGGCAUAUGCUGUCCAAAUAUUGCCCUCUAGUUAUUUUCUUACUGCUAUUAUGAUGAAAAACAUAUUAGAAAAGAAUAGUUCUGUUUGCACAGUUAAAAGUACUAGCACAAAGACAAAGCAUUUACUUUGAGUAAUUAACACUGAGCAUCAUAAAGAUCAGUAUGAUAGUGUUCUGAAAUUAGCUGUUAAGUGAAACAAGUUUGCUUAAACUUUCUAUUAAUGCCAGAUGUUUUGAGUUUUGCUCAUAUAAUAACAUGAUGAAUGUUAGAAUUCGGGUAAGAUCGCUGUCUCUGGUUCACUCUGGUCAAUAAAAUAUUUUUGUUUC